CUCCCGGCCAUGGCCUGGCCGAGCCUCCCUGCCCCGCGGAGCGGCUGCCGGAUGCCUCCGUUCCAGUGGUGCCACGGGUGCUCCUGCAGCCUGGGGCUGGUCUAUCCCGGUAAGCCCUGCACGAUGCCGCCCAUCACCUUCCAGGACCUGCCCCUCAACAUCUACAUGGUCAUUUUCGGCACCGGCAUCUUCGUCUUCGUGCUCAGCCUCAUCUUCUGCUGCUACUUCAUCAGCAAACUGCGGCACCAGGCGCAGAGCGAGCGCUUCGGGUACAAGGAGGUGGUUUUGAAGGGCGAUGCCCGCAGGCUGAACGUGCACGGGCAGACCUGCGCCGUGUGCCUGGAGGAUUUCAGGGCGAAGGAGGAGCUGGGGGUGCUGCCGUGCCAGCACGCCUUCCACAGGAAGUGCCUGGUGAAGUGGCUGGAGGUGCGCUGCGUGUGCCCCAUGUGCAACAAGCCCAUGGCUGGUCCGGCACAGCCCCGCGCCGGCAUCGGGACCCUCCUGGACGAGCUGGUGUGAGCCUGCCCUGCUGCGAACUGGGCUCAUCCCGUGGGAUCCAUUGUGGGAUUGUGGGAUGGCAGCUCCACACACGCACGGCAUUGCCCUCCCCGGGCUCGCACGGCUCGUCCCGAAUUUCCCAGCUGCUGUUUUUAACUGUUGGGGUCGUCGCUCUGUUUGGGGUUUUGCGUUUUCCCUG